AUUGUUUUAUGCUUACAUUUAUACACAGUCGGUACUUCCUCUGCCAUCUUGACACUGAGCAAGCGACAUUCUUUGGUACAGUUCCAGUGGCCUUGUGGGAUAGCCUGGCGUCCACUAGUUGCAGUUUCGCAAAAUCCAGUUUUGCACAUACCCCAGUUUUACUGACAUGGCCGACGAGGCCGUACUGAGGCGCUUGGUGGGGCUGGCGCGGGACGGCCGCCUGAGCGAGAUAGAACACGUGCUUCACGACAACGCCGACCUUCGGAGCUGGAUCGGCGUUGCGCGCCUGCCGCGCUCCGGGGACACGCUGCUGCACUACGCUGCCCGGCAUGGCGCCUUGGACGUCCUCGCCUUCCUGGUACAGGACGUGGGCAUGGACGUCGAGCUGUGCAACAGCGAUUACAAGAGGGCACUGCACGAAGCUGCAUCCAUGGGCCGAGGAGACUGCGUGCAUUACCUUUUGGCCAGGGGAGCCAAAGUAGACUGCUUAAAAAAGUCUGAUUGGACCCCUCUUAUGAUGGCCUGCACCCGGAGAGAUCUGGAAGUCAUCAGGCAGCUGAUGGAGCACGGGGCAGACCCAGCACUCAAGAACAAAGACGGCUGGAAUUGCUUCCACAUCGCCUGCAGAGAGGGUGAUCCGGCUGUGGUACACUGCCUCCUAGAGGCCAGUCCAGAAGUCUGGGACACAGAAAGCACCACCCUCCGAUCUCCACUGCAUACUGCUGCUAUGCAUGGCUGCGAAGAAGUUGUCAGUGUUCUCCUUGAAAAGUGCAGCUUCAGACCUGACAGCAGGGACAGCUGCGGGAUCACGCCGUUCACGGACGCCGCGAGGAACGGACACAUCGGUAUCGCUAAGCUGCUGCUGGAUAAGCACCAGGUAUCUCCAUCAGCAGCAGACUGCAUGGGAGCACAGCCCUUGCAUCACGCCUCCGUAACAGCCCAGGAGGGGGCGCUGCGUUUCCUGGUGCAAGACCUUGGUGUGGACGUAAAUGCUCGAGCCACCAACAUGGGCCUGACUGCCCUCCAUUAUGCUGCCAAGGAGGGUCACAGUAAUACAGUAAGAACCCUGUUUGAAUUGGGGGCUGAUCUUCAAGCAAAGGACAGAAAAGGACGAACAGCACUUCACAUGGCUUGUGCGGGACAGCACGCCUCCACAGUACACACCCUGCUGGAGCUGGGGCUUCGGGACACCCCAGACGCAUCAGGGACCGAGGCCAGGCAGCUGGCCAGGAAGCCAGAUGUACGCUGCAUCUUCACUGAAUGUGAUGCACCAAAAGCUGAUUAAAAGACAAUGCCAAACA